UUUCCUACAGUUGAAGCGUUAAAUGGUAUUGUAGUUCAAGCCAAUAGCAAUAAAGAGUAAUGUAGCAAUUAGCGUUAUCUCUAUUCUCAUUGGAUGAGGCUUCGGUACGAGAUUCAUACAAACACACUUCACCAAGCUAACGUUGACACUUGUCCGAGCAGGCGUUACGUAAAGCACUGAUCAACCUCUUCACAAGCAAUUAUCCAGAAAUUCUCAGAAAAACCAUUUCUCGUCAAAAAAUGUAUCGACAAGCAGCGAUAUUAUUUGCAUUGGUCGUUUCCUUCGUGGUUGCUGAUCAUCACAUUCCCUACACAGUUUGUGUCAGCAACGUAACUGCAUGUAAUAACGCCAAUCUAAACAUAAGUGUCACAUGUCAAGCAGCAACAUCCGGUUCGAGUUGCGUUGAAGAUGUUGUGAACGGUCGAGCAAAUAUGACUAUGGCUUCAGCUGAUCACAUGGUCCAGAACGCUGACAAUCUCCUAAUUGUCAUUGGUCAAAAACUACCUGACCUCAACAAAUUUAUUCAAUAUUACGGUCUGGCUGUCGUCAAGAAAGGAACUACUUUUAAUUUCAACUCUCUGCAGAAUAAAAAAAUCCUGCCAUGCUGGUAUAGGAAAAACUGUCGGUUGGAAAAUCCCUGUUGGUUACAUGAUUUACAAUAAAAUAAUGACAUACACA